AUGGUCGAAGACUUCACAUGGGUUAAUAUCAAUGGCGACGAGGAAACCGUCUGGCGACAACCGCAUCAUCGCUGUGACGUCGAGCCGGCGUAUAAGAUUGGCGCUAACCACCGUCGAUCGGAUCACGAGUCAAUGCACCUGACCGCGCUGAGAGUCUGUCGGCAGAUCUACAACGACGCGAACAAUAUACUUUGGUCGACGAAUACCUUUUCUUUCAACGAUGCGGCCACCAGCUUGGAUCGUUUCAUGGACGCACAAACGACGCGCCAAAAGCAGUCGUUGAGAAGGCUGCGGUUGCAGAUGGACUGGGUCUGGGGGGAAGACAAACCUUGGAACCAUGUCCUUGGGAUGACGCUCAUCAGAUCCUUGGCUGGACUGAGGAGUCUGCGCCUGCAGAUCAAUCAUUCAAUGUAUGCCACGCUCUUUCAAGAGGCGAAAGCUCGGGGGAAUGAACUCGGCUUAUUUCAGACUCGACGUCUGGACUUUGUGCACAAAAUGGCGAUACUGCCAUUGACGAACGUCGAAGUCUUUGUCGGCGAUCUUUCUCAGCCGUGA